UCCACAGCACUCUCUUUUCCUCAUAGCUUUGGCAAAGAGUUCAUCACUGCAUUCCCGGAGAACAUCGCCUUUUACCAUCCCACUCAGCCUGACAACAGAGUUGUAAUCACAGCCCUACAUAGUGGCACCACGGUAACUGUUACCAUGAAGGAACAGGGUUACACAGAUACCAGGAACCUGAAUGCAGGAGAGGAAGUUAUGAUUAAGACAGAUAUUAACAUGAAGGAACUCAAGAGGUCAAAAUUCUCCAACCAGACCCUGCAUGUGACCAGCAACAACAACAUCAGUGUCCUUGCCAUCAGCCAAAGAGGCGAAAGCAUCCAGACCAUGGUAGUCCCACCGUUGGAGAGCUUGGGUACAGAGUACCAUGUCCCCUUUAUACCUGAGAUGAAGCCCACUCAGCCUCAAAUAGACCCAGGGAACCAUUUGUUUAGGCUCAUCAUCAUUAACCAUAAAGAAACUAACGAGGUCACCAUCUCAGGGCAAGCAGGUGAGGACGAGACGGUCUCACUCCAGGCGUUCCAACUGGUUCAACUCUGGCUCAAUAGAUCACUUCCAGAACCACACGUGUCUGCCGACCACCCCGUGGCGGUUCUGUACAGCCACGCAUGCGCUGUCGCAACUAACUGCACCUGCAGUUUUCUGUUCAACCCUCUGUACCCCGUCACAGCUUGGGGAUCAGAAUACCUCGUCCACCCCUCUUUGGAGAAUGGAGCUUUGAACGAAACUACCUUUCUGCUGACGACCAACCAAAAUGUGAGUUUACUCAGCGGACCCCCCACAGAGCCCCUCCAGCUGCAGUCUUCCCACAAGCUGCCCUUCAAUCCCUUCCUCCCUGGUGGCUCCUCCCUGGUCAAGACCUCCAGUCCUGUCUCCCUCACCCUCCUCAGGCCAGGCCUGCUACUCAGCCUCAUCCCAACGCAUAGCUUCUCCUCCUGCUACCUCCUCCACUCCCUCAAUGCCGUGAAGAACCAGGCCCUGCUAGUAGCCCCUACAGCCCAGACAGAGGGGGUGCAUCAGGGGAACACCGCCCUGGACGUCACAUGGACUCCCAUGAUGGGGACGGAGUACUCCUGGGCACUCAUUGACUUUGGCACAAAAUAUAGGAAGCAUGUCAUCUGGCAUAGUUCCUCCAAAAUGGCCGCCUACUACCUGGGAGAGGCAAACGGCAUGGUUUUUGGGAAUCCAGCUGCCAGCCUCAGCACAGAUCCAGGUAUGGUGUUGUAGAGGUUUCAUUGACUUGUAUUGCUGUGAAUUAUGCAUAUCAUUCAUGUCUGUGUGUCUGUAUGCAAGUAUUUUUCAAGUAAUAUAUUGAUCUCUCUCUCUCUCUCUCUCUCUCUCUCUCUUUCUCUCUCUCUCUCUCUCUCUCUCUCUCUCUCUCUCUGUGUGUGCGCGUUUGUAUGUAUGUGUGUGUGUGUGUGUGUGUUUGUAUGCACAGAUUCUAAGGGCUGUCUGCUGAGGCCAGAGGUUGUGUCACUUGGGGACGAGCAGGGUGGCUGGCCAGAGUCUCUGAAGUACUGCCAAGACCAGGGCUACAGUCUGGUCAGCCUGAACACAGAAGACUUCCUACUUCACGUGACCAAUAAACUGAGGGAGUCUGGGACCCAGGCUCAGGGACAGACACAGACACAGAGUCAGGGUCAGGUGUGGAUAGGCCUCCAUAGGAGCUCACUGACAGGGCAGUGGUACUGGCUGAGCAAGGCUGCUGUGUCCUUCACCCACUGGGCCAAGGGCGAGCCAGGGACCCCCAUGCAGGGCCAGUGUACCAUGAUGACGCUGGACCCCCAGGGAAACUAUACCUGGAGCGACCAGAGUUGCUGUGAAGCUCUCCCAGCCGUCUGCUACAGAGAGCCACUACACUUACCCCUUGAG